GCAGGUCGGAGUCCGGACUCCCUCUCCACUGCUCAGUGUGUUACAGAUGCAGCCGCAGAGCGGAGCGCCACGCUCAACAUCUGACAUUACACACGGAUCUCUACACGUUUACUGGAUUUGGGAAUCAAACAAAGUGGAUGACCUGGGUAAAUAAGGGGUCUGCACAGCCGAGGUUAGGACGAGGACGCGAUCUGCUUCUUCUCCACCUGCCCAUCAUCGAACCAAGUGCCUUGGUGCCGGCCAGGUCAUCUCAUUCGGGACGGGUGCCAAACAAUAAGUCUUGACCUGCCGCCCCUGAGAAGACCAGCACUAAACAAAUAUUUGAGGCCAUUAUAUCUCAUUUCACCGGGCAUCCGCCACCAAGAAGAUCAACAGUGAAGGGUGCAGUUAAGAGACGAAACGAGAGAAGCGAAAAGAGGGGGAGGAAGAAGUAACCCUUUCAAAGUGCACCCCUGCCUAUUUCUGCCACGUUGUGGGCAGGGAGCAUCUUAUUUGGGAGCUCUGCUGGCUGACAAAAAAAGCACUUCUCCAUUGCUUGCCUGGUCAGAUGCCUGGGUAAAUACUAGAUAGAGAUAUCAAUUAGUCUGAGUUCUUCUACCGCCCAACAAAGCGACUGUGAGCUAUCUAUAGAAAACAUAGCAACAAACUUGGACUUUGCGGUCACUUGAAUUACCACUUCUUCAUAACCCUUUCAGAAAGUUUCGAGAGCUGUGAGAAACAGGAAUGAGAGUCGCUGCAAUUUUUUACUUUUAGAAACUUCUCCAAAGCCAACAACAGCUCACUGUGGGGACCGGAAGCUUGGAGCCAGUUUAGAAGCUGCAGUUUUGAUGUCUUUCCCAGCUCAGUAAAGUAACAUGAAACCCCUCACUCCAAUCGGGUCCCCCUCUCCUCUGAGGCUGCUCAACAAGGGUCCAGAUUACCUGCGCAGGCAGAUCGACGGUGGGGGUCACGGCCGUUCGGUCAGCGCUGUGGAGAGGCUUGAGGCCGACAAAGCCAAAUAUGUCAAGAGUCAGCAGGUGAUCAACACCAAACAAGAACCUGUGCUUGUGCCCUGUGCCACGCCUCCACCGCAGCCUCGGAGAGCCAUCUCUGUACCUGGCAGCUUGACCCCUCGUUCUUCCCCGCGACGGUCAUCCAACACCCCCUUCUCUACUCUCUCUGGGUCCUUCACCUCAAAAGACGAAAAUGAAAAUGAUGAUGCCAGAAAGGAGAACAGACGGACUUCUAUUGACAUCAAAACACACAAUAGGAGCAAUGUCAGCAAAGUUUUGCCUCCAAGCCCCAGGACGCCUGGAAUUAACAGCCUGGUAGCGCCACACAGUGCCCCAGUUCUCAGAAGGAGUACAGGCAAGCGCAUGCUCAGGCCAGACUCCCUGUUAAUAUACAGGCAGAAGAAAGAGUGCAAAAGUCCUAACAGCUCCACACUGGGAGAGAACAAUAACAUGGAGUUGAAGGGAUAUAGUUUUGUACGUCGCCUCUUCCAGGGUUCAAUGAGAGAAAAGAGUGGCGGAGGAGAACGAGUUCAGAAGAUGGUGAUAGGUGAUGAGAAAGCACCUUCCCGGGAUGGGGACUCUAGAAUGUCUUGGACCAAUGACAAAGAUGUUACAGAUGGAGGACCAAUGAGUCGAAGGUCAAGCAAGACAGACCAAGAACGCACCCCAGAGUCUAUCCAAAGUCCAGGUUUUAACUGCACAUUAGAAAACACAAAAAAUGGUUUUAUUAAUGGUGCCACUGACCAAAUAAACAUUAGGCAUGAUGAUGAGAGUGAUCCAUGGAAGCGUGCCUCCCCGAUGCCACAGAGAAGGCAGUUUGGAGAACUGCAGCGCUCCAAGUCAGACCUGCGUUUGCGCUGUUCGGUAGCUUUGUCGGAGCAGGAACAUUUCUUUGACUUCUGUGGACUGGACAUGGACAUGAUAGAGCGUCUGGGCCGGGAGAACUUCCUCUCUUAUGCCAGCUCAAUAGACACGCUUUCCUUGGCUCUGCGGAGCGUAGGAGGAGACGGCUGUGGUGGCUCAGAGCCCAGCGAGUUUUCCCGCCACUCAGGAGAUGGACUGUUUCAGGAAGAACUGGCAGAGCAGCUUCCCACUGGCGUGUCCAUCAUCGAGAGAAAUGCCCGCGUCAUUAAGUGGCUGUAUGGGUGCAAGAAUGCAGCUCAGGAAGGACCCAAAGAGUCAACUGUAUAGUAUGAGGAUCGAAGAUUUGCAGUUGGAACCAGAAGUUUACAUACACUGUACACAGUCUUUACAUUUCCCCGACAUUUGAUUUGUAUUUUGCCAUUCUCUCAAUAGCUUGCUGGAAGUUUGGCCCAUUCCUCCUGGCAGAACUGGUGUCACUGGGUCGUUUUUGUUGGCUGCCUUGCUUGCAUCAAUCCUAAUUGACGUAAAACUGGAAAAGUUUAGUAUGAUUUAAUGUCUAACAGUGAAGAUAAACAUACAAUAUAUCUUUAUACAAUGUAUCAAAACAUCUGGUUUCAACUGUAUGUGCCAUGGAAUGCUAAAAGUUUAUUUUCACAUAAACUAAGCCAGUGUUUAAGUGCAUUCUUAAAAGUACCAGUUAAACUAAUAAUUAGUAAAUUUAACAGAUGAGGGAUCUAGUUUUGCUCAAUAAUCUAUAAACCAGAGGUAAAGGGACAAAACAUACCAGUUUUCAAUUUGAACAGUUUUCAGACAUUAAAACAGGAUCCAUACACCUGAGGAUUAGAUUAACACUGAGCUGACAGAUAACUUUUCCAACACCAAAUGCUAAUGUGUUUCUUGUAUUACAUGUACCGUAUAUGUACUGUUUUUUUUAUUCAGUAUUUACCACACAGCUUACAACUUCAGUAGUUCUUACGUAUUUACUCAUUAACACUAACAAGAGCUUUUGUAUAAUUAUUGCAAGCUUAAAAUUUAGCACGUAGUUGAUGAUUAGCUCAAAGGUUGAUGCAUUUAACAGGUCUUAUGUCUGGAAUUUGUUGGACUUUUACAUAUUCCUUAGAAGAUGUUGAACUACUCAUCUGUUCAAAUGACGUUACUAGAGCUUCAUAAUGCAAAACUACAACCUUCAUGUAUCUGUUUUGUAUUUCCAUUUAACUACAAUCAGUAUUACUGGCAUUCCAUGGCCUUUAAUUCCUCUACUGUAGAACAGCUGAUCUUGUCAGAUUUAGAUGUUGCAUUUAUAGAACCUAGUGACUAUUUGUAUGAGUGUGAACUGUCCUUACUCUCCUAGUGUAGCUUGAUAGUAUCAGUGGAUGAGUGAUGUGGACAUUAUCCUUUACAUUUCAAGUUUCUUUUCAGUAUUUUUUUUUUUGGCAGAACUGGAUUCUGAGCAGACUUGAAUUCCCCAUGUAACCCCUCAAAAGGCACAUAGAUGUUUGAAACAUGCUUAAAGGUUGUUACUCUUGACAGUAAUGCUCCCUCGUACUGAGUAAUUUAAAAACCACUAAGCUAUACUUUUCUUUGUAAACAGGGAUUCUCAUUGUGUGAGAGUGAAGUGAACUGUGUACCUCAUUUGAAUCUGUCCCAGUUGAGUUUGUUUCUUUUUCUUUCUUUUUUCUCUUACAAUUUUAGUCCUUGAACGCAGGCGUUGGAAUAAACUCGUGAGACGCUCCUGUGGGGUGUAUGAUUGCACUGAACUGGACAGAUAGAGGAAAUUAGAGAGUGUAAAAAUCGCCAGGAUGUUUAACACUGAGCUGGAUUCAGAAGAACAUCAGCAUCCAGAACAACUAUAAAAAAUAUUUGGCCAGAUUUUUUUUUUUUACUUUAUUUCUUCGAACUGCUUACAAAGGUCAAGAAAAUCAUUAAAGUUGAGGUCAUUGCAUUUCACACCGGUCUAGUGACUAUUGUGUAAGGUUUUGAGUCACAAACCACAAUACACAUGGAAAACCUGGGUUAAUAUUCCAUCCUGUAAGGACUUUGAACUGGAAUCCUUCAAACUAAUAUGUUCAACUCUGUUUGAAAUGAGGCAGAAGUUGUUAAAUGUUGUAGGGAGUCACUUUCACCAACUGCUAGUUUACAGAUGUUUAACCCAUGCAGCUGGUCCAUGAAAGCAUGCAGGGGAGGAUGAACCAACUUUCCUCCCACUGAUAAGCACAGAUCCUACCUCACUUCAUCCAUUUCUCACUGCUUCACACUUCCCUGAAAGGUCAUUCCCAUUUCUUGCCCUGGAGGAUGCCACUGUAAUCUGUUAAAGUAUGUGGAGGUUAGCCUGCGAGGACUCGUGGGCUGAGCGCAAACCAAAAAUGAUGGGCUUAGUUUAUUUAUUCAUGUCAUAAAUUAAAACUUGCAGCCUUGAUGUUUUUCUGUAUUUGUCACGAGCAUGACACACUCCUGAAACAGCUUUUACAUAGACCUAUUUUUAUUGCAUGUUUACAAAGUGGCUCUAAAAUUGGGUGUAUAUGAGAUUUUUUUUAUUCCAAAAAGGUUUUGUGUAUGAUGUACACAGCUAAUAAAAACAGAAAAGUGAAACCAA